UAAUGAACCGGCUUCUUCAACAGUCGGUUUCACGCGGACCUCUUGCCGUCCGAGCUUCUUCUACAAUUACAACAAAGCCACCAACUCCGAAUCAAAUUACCAAAAACAAUGCACAAUUCGACAAGGUGACUCACACCGGACAAGCGUGGGAUCAAUCUGAUUAUCGUCUUCAAAGAUUUGAUAUUUCGAAGAAAAGCGUCAAUCCAAAUGUAGCAAUGCAUCUUAUUGAUCAACGCCCUCCAGAGGAUUGCGGGGAUAAGAGAGUUGUCUUCUGUGAUGGAGGACAUCCAGCUCUUGGACAUCCGAAAGUAUACAUCAACCUUGACAAACCAGGAGUUCAUGCUUGCGGAUAUUGUGGAAACCGAUUCUAUAACUCGCACGCCACGAAGGCAGAGGACAUGAAGAUCCAACACCUCAACUGCUAAUUUGUCUAGCCUCUUGGUUUUAUUUUUUAGUAUGUAUACAAAACAAGUAGCGAAUUUACAAUCAUUUUCAUUUAAAAUUUCCAUAAUGAAUCGAAAGAUAACAA